AGAGAGAGAGAGAGAGAGAGAGAGAGAGAGAGCUCUUGCCACGUGACACAUCUCGCCAAUGUCCUUCUGCAAAGCCACUCAGCAUCAUGGCUGCGGAUGCUGCGGAUGCUUUCCUCCCGCUCUGCAUCCCGGCACCAUGGCAGCUGCCGUUGCUGCUUCUCCUCGUCUCGCAUUUUCCUGCUCACUCCUUCGGUCUGUUAGGCUUUCGUCCAGAGGACACGAGUCAUGCACUAUCUGUGCAAAACGGACUUCUAAGGGCGACCGAGGGAACGCGCUUCGUGUUGCGUGUGUACUACUCAGCGUCGCCGCAGAGGAUGAACCGAAACUUGAGCUCCAGAGCGGACGCUACCACAGCGCCGUGGAUUGCUUUUGUGGAGGAGCCGCAGCCGGGUCGAGAGGGUCAAGCGCACCCGAAGCGGAACUUAUGUGUGGAAGAGAGCGCGCGAACGUCUGACAUAGAGUUGCUGGGUUCGUUCAAGUCGGCCUCCAGCCAAAGCUCCAUCCUCGUGGAGCUGCUGGCAAAAGACCUGCGGCGAGGUGAGAAAGUCAAAUAUUAUUCAAUGUGCGCCUUUGACGGGUCCAAGUGGGAGCACUUUAGGUCCAGGGACUUCUGGCUAGCGGUGGUCGAGCGGCCACCUCACGCGGACGGAUGGCUUCAGGCGUCUCUUUCUGUGGUGUUGUUGGCACUGUCUGCUCUCUUCAGUGGACUUGUAAUAAGCAUGCUCGCCCUCGACCCCGUGGAACUGAAAGUGCUCCAAAACAGUGGCACAGAGAAGGAGCAGAAGUACGCGGGCAAGAUCGAGUCCGUGCGCAAGCAUGGCAACUACGUCCUCUGCACGUUGGUGCUGUGUAACGUGCUCACGAAUACAUUUUUAGUUGUUUGGAUGUGCCAGAUUCUCGGAGUCACGCCUCUGUCCACCGCCGCUUGCACUUUUCUGAUCUUUUUCGUUGGGGAGAUUCUACCGCAUUCUGUUGCAUCCAGACACGGGCUAGCCAUAGCAUCUAAAACCAUCUGGCUCACUAGGUUGCUGAUGCUGGUCACUUUUCCCAUCACGUACCCGAUAAGCAAACUAUUAGAUAACAUGUUGCAUCAAGAAAUAAGUAACUUUUACACUCGUGAAAAGUUACUGGCGAUGCUGCGCGUCACAGAUCCCUACCAUGACCUGGUGAAAGAGGAACUUAACAUCAUACAAGGAGCCCUCGAGCUUAGGACCAAAACUGUCGAGGAUGUUCUGACCCCGCUUAAUGACUGCUUCAUGCUGGCUUCUGACGCCAUCCUGGAUUUCUACACAAUGUCUGACAUAAUGCAGAGCGGUUAUACUCGCAUCCCUGUUUUUGAGAACGAGAGGUCUAACAUUGUUGACAUUCUGUUUGUCAAAGAUCUGGCCUUUGUUGAUCCAGAUGACUGUACCUCACUUAAAACCAUCACACAGUUCUACAAGCAUCCUUUGCAUUGUGUAUUUAAUGAUACCAAGCUUGAUGCAAUGCUCGAGCAGUUCAAGAAAGGGAAAAGCCACUUGGCCAUAGUGCAGCGAGUCAACAAUGAGGGAGAAGGGGACCCUUUCUAUGAGGUCAUGGGAAUUGUCACUUUGGAAGAUGUUAUUGAAGAGAUUAUCAAGUCAGAGAUUGUGGAUGAGACUGACUUGUACACUGAUAACCGAACUAAAAGGCGAGUGUCUCACCAUGAGAGGAAACAGCAAGAUUUUUCCAUUUUCAAAAUUUCUGAAAGUGAAAUGAAAGUAAAGGUCUCCCCUCAGCUGUUGCUGGCUACACAUCGCUUCCUGGCCACAGAAGUGGAGCCUUUCAAGUCCACUUACAUUUCAGAAAAGAUCUUGCUAAGGCUCAUUAAGCAUCCAAGUGUUGUACAGGAGCUGAAGUUUGAUGAGAAGAAAAAGAAAUCACCAAAGCAUUACCUCUACCAGCGCAACAAACCUGUUGAUUACUUUGUGCUAAUUUUGCAGGGUCGAGUGGAGGUAGAGAUCGGAAAAGAAGCACUGAAGUUUGAAAACGGUCCUUUCACAUACUAUGGCAUGCCUGCUAUCAUGGCUGUAUUGCCUACAGUUCACAGGUCACCAUCACGGAGUAGUGGACUAAAUCACUCAGACACCACCAUCCAUGCGGGGAGCUUGAGUCAGUUGAGCAUAGGCGGAGGGGCUUACCUACCAGACUACACUGUUCGCCAGCUCACCGACCUGCAGAUCAUCAAGGUCACUCGUAACCACUACCAGAAUGCUCUAACAGCUACGCGGAUGGACAGCUCUCCUCAAACCCCUGAUGCAGACAUCCAGGCUGGAGGAGAGAGGACCACAAUUCCAGAAACACGCUCCAACAGCAUUGCGCUGCCCCUUCCCCGUUCAAACCUCCACACACACCACUUCAGACACCCCCACAGCACCUCCAUGCUCAACGAGAGGAACCGUAUCGUCCGGAGUAAAUCAGAUGGACAGAAGAGCCCCAGCGACUCAGUGUUUUUGCGCAUGGAUGAAAUCCCACACAUGAGGACGGAGCGUCUAGAGGAGAAAGAAGGGGCUGAUACUGAGGAUGUACCAAAAGAAUCAGGCUUGUCUUCAUCUCAACUGAUCAGCUCUCACUCUCUGAAUGGAUCAGAUGAUAACCUGGGCAAGAAGUUGCUGCGCAAACUAAGUAACAAGAAACGGAAAAAGUCACGUGAUGGAGAAAAGCUAGUCAAGGACAUUUGUGAACUGUCCCAGGUGAAGACCUAGCAUUAGAACAAUAUGUUCACCCCUUGUCUGUCUCACAGUACUACAUCUCCCACCAAUGUGAAACCUCCUAGACCUCCUAAACCAUCCUGACAGACUUCGAAAAAGAAAAGGAGAUUAAUGUGGACAGAAUUGUCCACUAUGGAAGAUGAAUGAUAAGACCUUGCUGUCAUUAUUUUAUCUUGCUUUUUCAUGUUGGAAGCUCUUGAGUUGCAUAAAGUCCUGAAUACAUCAGGACAUGGUGUGCUUUCUCACACCAGUAACAUUA